AUGCAGGGAAUGCCCAUCCGCUCGCGGGCACACCUGUUAGGUGUUGCCCCACUCCGUGCCUCCGCCCCGCAAACGCCUUCUGCAGCGCGCGGCCGGGGGUGCGGAUCCAGGAAGGACGCGGAGAGGCAGGGCCGGGCCUUCUCCAGCGAAGCCCCGCGGGACUCCGCGUGGCGGGCUGAGCCGGGAAGGGGGGCUGCAAAGCCGCUGUCCACUGCUGACGCGCCGGCCGGGGGCGCCGAGCUGCCCGCCUGGAUGCGCCUCUAUUUCUACGGGAUGCACGGGAUCACCCUGGACGUGCUCUUGUCCUCGGCGCGGCGCUUCGCUAGCAGCCCCGACCUCCGGAUGCUGGGCUUCUCCUCUCCCUACCGCUGCCUCCUGCACUCGCUCACCCACUUCGCCCUGGAGAAGGUCUACCUGCACCAGCGGAGCUGCCCCAGCGCCUUCCUCUUCAAUUUCCUCCUCUACCCCUCGGCCCACGUGGGGCUGCAGACCCUGGUGAGCCAGGCGCUGCUGUUGAGCGUGGCCGGCCGGCCGGGCGACACGGCGGCGCCGGGGGCUCUGGACCUGGUGCUGCAGUACUUGCUGGCGCUCUACCACUGCCAAGUGUUCCUCAAGCGCUUCGUGUGCUUGCGGUACCGGCAGCCGCAGCCGCUGGACGCGCCUCCAGCCCCUCCGGGGGCGGGGACCCCAGCGAUGGUCAGUGGCCAAACAGGAAGACCCCCUGGCACUAGGCGCGCCAGGGGCGCCCCCAACCACGGACUGCCGGACCUGCUCCGCUUUGUUUUCUUUGGAAUGCACGGCUUUUUGGAUGAGAUCUUCUUCACCUUCUUCUUUAACGUGCUGGGGCAGGGAGACGGAGCAACCAGCGGCCACACGUCCCUGUGGUCCUUCCUUAUGUACGGCAGCUGCAGUUUCGUUGUAGAAAAGCUCUACUUCCACCUCCACUACAGUCGCGGCUGGGGCACCUGGAAGCGGGUGCCCAUCUACGUGGUCUUCAUCUACACUUGGGAGUUGUCCUGGGGGCUCGGACUCCGAGCCUGUGGCGCCUGCUCCUGGGAUUAUUCCCACUACCCGCUCAAUUUCAUGGGCCUCAUCACGCUGAUGUACCUACCGGGUUGGAUAUUCCUUAGCUUGUACCAGGACCUACUUUCCAACGCUUUGUGGCGGGUUCAGUACGUACCAACUAACUAACCACCACCCCACCCCACCCCACCCCCAAAAAAAGAAAGAGAAAAGUCACUGGAUUUCCACGAAUGAUUGCAGUUUAUUUUUACACGUUUUAAAUGGAGUGGGGUUUUUUAGGCUUUUACUUUUUAUACGUUUUACUAAACUCUUCCAAAAUGUUUUAUUCGACAUUUAAGUUUCUCUAUUUGGAACCUAUGCAUAAUACUUUGAAGUGUAACACGAAACGUAAUUCAAAGUAUUUAACUCAUCUGUUUAGAAACCCUUACUAGUCCAACCGCCAAAACCAUUAUACCUUAACAUCUAACAUCGGAAAACUGUAGUAUUCACUUGUUUGGGUGUAGUAUGGUAACUGUUCAUCUUUCCCUGUCCUUUUUGCUUUAAUGCGGAAGUUCUUAAAAAUCAGACAUCAGUGGAUUGUUUUGUUUUUUACAGAAUUUGGCAAUUUUUUCUUAUUUAAUGAUUUACUUUCCUUUUAAUUCAAUUACAUUUAAAUUCUUUGUCAUAUUUAUGAAUGACUGCUAAAACUCUGUGCUCCUGAAUCUACAGUUAAUAGCUCUUAAAGUGCCUCCAUUUAGCACACAUGUGAACACAUAUCCUAUGAAUUAAUUUUUAAGUAAGAAAAUUUUUUUAGCAACUCAGACAGGUGACACUGUGUUAAGAUAGUUGAUCUCCUGGAAAUGGUUGCUUUCCAAUAUAGGUUAGCCUUAAAUGCCAAAUGUGUUAACAUUGAUCAGAUCCUGUGAUAUAUAUGGCUGUAAAUUAUUGUUACUGUGCAAUAAUGUAAAAUGUUUAACAUAUAUGUCCAGGGCCAAGCAAAAUUAGACCCCCUCCCCCCCCAAUAGUCUUCUAAUCCUAUGGACCCUGUAGACACGAAGCUUCAAGAUUAGAGACUAUUCUUUGGAAUAAAAUGAACCUGAAUGUUCACCUAAUUGUAUUAGGCCUAAUCGUCUUCUGUGAAUAUAGAUAAGUGUUUUCAUCUUAUUUCUACCAUAGGCCUCGCUUGUAAACAUUUUUCUUUCAUGAUUUUAAGAAAUCAUGCCUAGUCAAUUCUUAAUGUACACUAAGAUUGUAACUGUUUUUAUUGUAGUUGGACAAGACAAGUAUUAUUGAGUGUCUCAGCCAAGGAUGACUAAUAACCUUCUCAGUUUUCAUUACAAAUAUAAUUAGGAAAACUUACAAUGUGUACAAAUGAAUAGCCUUCCUAUUCAAAUUAUUAGUGUGAAAAGGGACCUCUGUUUUCAAAAAGUAUUUAUGAUGGCAGCAAAACUGAAUAUGUAUUUAAAUUUAAGUCAGACAUAUUUCAAAGAAUAAUUGUAUUUGAAUCCACUAUCUGAGGUUAUGAACUAAAUUAUAACUCCUCAUCAAUCUCAGCUGUGACAUAGAGCAUGUCAAGCUGAUUAUUUUAGGCAAAGCUGAAUAGAGUCUUAAAAGUAAGCUAAAUAUUUAAUUUUACUUAAGAAAAGUGGUACUUUAUAUACUUGGUCAUAGGUGAAAGGUUUGUGAAAACCCUAAAGUGAAAAAAAAUAUGUGAGAAUGGACACUAAAGGCAAGCCGGUGCUGAGUAAAAUAACUGCAAUUUAAUUGUGCUUAUGUCUAUGAACCUGAAGGGUGCAGCACCCCUCCAAUCCACACAUUCCUGGGAGCACUCAGCCCACUCAACCCGGGAAACCUCUGAUAGGCUUCCUCAAUGCACAUGUUUGCACUUGUGCCCUUCACUAAUUGUUCUUCCUCCCUGCUAACCAACUUAGCAGCUCUCUUAGGCCAGAAAUCUAUCAGGAAAUAGGAAAGUCUGCAAUUAUUUGUUUUGUUUUUACUGUUAAUCCUGUUUAAAGGAAAGGUCAAGGUUGCCUUUAUUCAAGCAAUAGUUAUUGAGCACCCAGUAUCUGUCAGGUGUUUGCUGUGGACACUGCAGAAAGGGCACUGACCCCACACACUGACCCCACUCAGUUCUUAUACAGUUCACUCUCAUCCUCUAUUGUUUUGAUUUGCAUGUGGUUUUGCUUAUUUGCAAAGCUGAAAGAGUUUGUUAGGUGGCCUUUCAUCAGGUUGGUCCCUGGCAUAUUGAUUUAUUACCAUUAAAAAAAAAAAAA